CAAACUAAGUCUUCUCAAAAUGGCCUUCGACGUUUCUGAUAAGGAAAUCCUGCUCGUUCUAAUUUUGCCAAAUCACACUCCAGUACAUCACUGCAGCAGAAUGAAGUCUCGCGUAGCAAUUCAACUCAUCCUCUCCAUCCUGAUCUACCCCAUGCUGAAGUGCUCCGCAUCCAGUUGCGGCGUUCCCCGGAUCCAGCACGAAGAGCUGAUCGUCCGAGGUCGAGAUACCCGUCCCGGAGAAUGGCCCUGGCAUGCCGCCGUGAUGCACCUGAAGCAGAACCACGUCUUCCGGUACGCCUGCGGAGGCACACUGAUCUCGGAACGAUUCGUCCUGACCGCGGCCCACUGUGUCGUUCAGGCUGAAAGUAAGGCAAGAGCGCUGGCAAAGGACAAGCUCCGCGUCCAGCUUGGGAUUCACGACUUGACUAAUGUCGAUUUGGACACGGCGAAGCUGAUUGAUGUUUCGGCAGUGCACGUUGGACCGCAGUUCCAGCGGGCAGGUCUUCGGAACGACAUCGGGCUGAUUAAAUUGGUCGAAUCGGUUCAGUUUACGGACUACAUACUGCCUGCUUGUAUCGGUGGAAGCGGACCAACGCCAUCGGAGUCCGGAAUGGCCAUUGGCUGGGGCGUAACGGAGACCGAUAUGCCGUCUCCUGCGCUGAAGAAGGCUGAACUACCGGUUGUGGACACAUUCGACUGUCUCGACAGUGAUCCUUUGUUCUUUGGGAACAUGAUUCACAAGGGCAUGUUCUGCGCUGGACGGGGCAAUGGAACGCUGGUCUGCAACGGAGAUAGCGGAGGUGGACUGUUCUUUCGACGGGAAGGUAGCUGGUUCCUUGGUGGAGUUGUUUCGUUCUCGAAAGUUCGCGAUAAUCGGCUCUGUUUGGCGGAAGGACUAGCCGGAUUUGCCAACGUAACGCGGUAUCUUUCGUGGAUCCGUAACGUUACGGGAAUGCAAAUUCCGGACCAAUCGUCUGAUGGAAGUCAAAUUGUUGUACCGAGAACAGAUUUGAAAUUGCCUAGGAUCAGCGAGAGAAAAUGCAUCGAGUAUCAACAGUUCCGAGAUAACACCUCGAAUGAUUGGGUGCUCGCGAAGAUCUUAUACCGUGGAUCUCCAUUUUGCUACGCCAACAUAAUCAGCGAACGAUUUCUACUCAGUACCGGUGCAUGCGCUUUCGAUCACACCUGGAAGGAACCCCUCACGGUUGAGAUCAUCAACAUGGAGGACCCGGUCCGGCGAUACUGGAUUACGAGAAGCCCCAAGAACACCUUUCUCCGACCCGGAUCCAGUGAUAUCUUUCUGAUCGAUCUGCAGGACAGCUUUCACGAGUUCAAACCGGACGUAACCUGCCUGUGGACCGAUCCGGAUACCAUCGUGGAAGAGUCCGUUUCGGAAGUCGUCACGCCAAUCAACGGAGCGCGGGGCUCCAAGUUGGCAAUCCGAGAUAACGGCAAUGUGGUGACUACCGGAGAAAAUGUGACCUGUUCGAACAAGCAGUUGGGUGUUCGGCUGAUGGCCAAGAAGGUAGAUGAGGACUUCUACAGGCUGGUUGGGCCAAUGAUCGGUUGUAAACCACAUCGGUAUGCGCGGCUGACACCGUCCUACCUUGACUGGUUGGAGAGUAUCGUGUGGCCGGAGGAGCAAAAUGUUUGAA